GCACCAGCAGCCAUCACCGUGCUAGCCUUCUCCCUGCACACCCGAAUCAGCUUCCUCUCCCCUCUGCACCGCGCCCAGCUCCUCUGCACCGAGCCAUCGUCGCCCCCUCGCACGCCUAGCCUUGCUGCACCAGCCCUGCACCUAUGCCCGAGCCUUGCACCUACGCCCCUGCUCCCUGCUCCCUGCUCUGCGCCCAGAUCGUCUGCACUCUGCCCCAGCCUGCACUCUGCUGCGCCCGGCCUUGCUUCCUGCACCAGCUUUGCUCUGCACCAGCUCCUGCGCUCUGCACCAGAUCGCCUGCACUCUGCUUGCCUUGCUGCGCCCCACUGCCGGCAAUGAUGCCCCUGCACGCCCGAGCCAUCAUCAGCACUCCAUGCCCCUGCCUACCUGCACACCGCGCCUCACCCCCAAUCCCGCGCCUCUGCACCGCUGAUUGCUGCAGCGCCCAUCCUUGCCUCACAUGCAGAAAAGACAAGGAGUACCGGACAAAUGAGCAUCCUUAGAGAAAUUUUUUUUUAAUGUUAUUUGUGUAUAUAUAUAGAGCAAAAAGCAGGUCUGGAGGGGGGUGGUUGGUGAAGUUUUGGAGUUUGCUUUGGGUGAUGGUUGGUUGAUUUUGGGUCUCUUUGUUGAGGAGUUUCGUCUGAGUUUUUGAGAGCAAUAGAAGGGGAUUUACUGGAGAAGAAAGGGGGCAACAACGGUGGUUGAGAGGAAGGAUCACCGAGCUUCCAGAGGAGCUUCAUUUUCUGGGUUUCAUUGCUGAAGGUAUUUUCUGAAACAGAGGGAUUUUGGGAAAAGGUAGUGAAGGAGACGAACGGAGCCUGAUCCCGUGGGUGGAUCCCUCCUUUCCGAUCUGGACAUACCUCCUUCUAAAAAUUCCGCCGUGGAUGUUUCUGUUAUUUUCUGUUGAUUUUGUUUAGAUCUGUAUUUAAGCUUGUAUUUAUUUGCUGGAAAAUGAAUGGGAAUCAAAGAUUGUUCUGUUU